UAUCACCGCCGCAGCAAUAAAAUAUAUAUAGCGCUGCCGCUACGCAACCCCCCAAAAAAUCGUAAUACUACAUUUUUGUGGGGGAUUUUUGAGAGAGAAAGGGUGGCAUCUCCGGGUUUCUUCUCCGUAGGUAAUGCCGUUUGCGCCACAGGAUCUGUUAAAUUGCGAGACAAAGGAUUUAUCAUUAUCUAGGACAUGGAGCAAAUUUUCUUCUGGUCAGAUUGCUACCAGCUCCGUGGUCUUCCAUUCCAGGAAUAUCUUGAAUGGCAUUUUGUCAUCCUUGGAGAUUUUCUUCCUGGUUCUUUUGUCAAUUGCACUUAGGCAGCAGCUUACUAUAAAUGCUCAGUACAUGAGGCUGAAGCAUUUCUCUUCUACUAGAUGUUCUUUAGUGCACUUGUAUGUGUGAAUUGCGGCUGAUUCAGCUCCGCGAUUAGUUUUCUUGUGCAAUUCUGCUAUUGCUUAAGCAUUACCUCUACAAACUCCAUUUGAUUUUGAGAUCCUUACGGAGCAGAAUUAAAGUUUGCAGGUGUUAGUAGGAUUUAUUUUGGCUAGUAUUAGGUAGCUUUUUGGUAUUAAUAAGGGCAUCUUUCAACUUGCAUUUGAUGGCCUAUUGAUAGUGGCAAGUUUUGGUUGACGGAUUCGUAUCAAAUUCUGCAUUACAAUGUCUGGAAACUUAGCUUCACCAUGCGCUCGACUGAGAGCUGUAGGAUAUUUGAUUUAACGUACUUCAUAAAAUAAAGCUUUGAAGCUCAUCCAUCAUAAUCACAUUCUGCAGUGAAGCUGAAGAGUUAUGGUGGAUUGCUACAAGGAUGUCUAGAGACUAUCUGCAGUUAUUUAGCAUAGUAUAUAUAUAGUGCUUUCUGUGCUGUUAAAAAGUUUUACAAUGGAUAGAUUUAGUAUCAUAAAAGAAGUUGGUAAUGGUUCUUUUGGAAGUGUUUGGAGAGCUCUAAGCAAGCAGUCUGGUGAAGUGGUUGCGAUAAAAAAAAUGAAGAAGAAAUAUUAUUCAUGGGAAGAAUGCAUAAAUCUGAGAGAAGUCAAGUCACUGAAGAAAAUGAACCAUCCAAAUAUAGUGAAGCUGAAGGAAGUGAUUAGGGAGAAUGAUGUGUUGUACUUUGUCUUUGAGUACAUGGAAUUCAAUCUUUACCAGCUUAUGAAGGACAGAUCAAAACUUUUCUCUGAAAUAGAAGUGAGAAACUGGUGCUUCCAAGUGUUUCAAGGUCUUGCAUCUGUACACCAAAGAGGAUUCUUCCAUCGUGACCUCAAACCAGAGAAUCUGCUAGUAUCGAAGGAUGUCAUCAAGGUUGCUGAUUUCGGUCUUGCUCGCGAGAUUAAUUCUCUGCCUCCAUUCACUGACUAUGUCUCAACUCGCUGGUAUCGAGCCCCUGAAGUCCUGCUCCAGUCAUCAGUAUAUGGUCCUCCAGUUGACAUGUGGGCAAUGGGUGCAAUCAUGGCUGAGUUAUUCACACUACGUCCGCUGUUUCCUGGCACAAGUGAGGCGGAUGAGAUCUACAAGAUAUGUUCUGUGAUUGGCAGCCCAACAUAUAAUGAAUGGGGCGAGGGGCUUAGACUUGCUAGCAUUAUCAAUUACCAGUUUCCGCAAGUUGCUGGAGUUGAUCUAUCCACGCUGAUUCCAGGUGUUAGUGGAGAUGCAAUUAAUCUUAUUUCUUCCCUGUGUUCGUGGGAUCCAUGCAAGAGGCCGACAGCCAUGGAGGCCCUUCAACAUCCCUUUUUCCAGAGCUGCUUUUACGUUCCACCAUCAUUACGUUCUAAAACGGCUCUGGUGAAAACACCUCCAGUUGAAACCAGUGGAGUCUUGGAACAAAGUACUAGGAAAUAUCCAGGAAGAUUAUCGAACCCAAAGACCAUGAAAAAUGUCAAUUUCACCAAAUCAAAAGCAUCCUUGAGCCCAAGUGUGCAAAGAAAGUUGGACUUGAACGAUCAGGAUAUCACUAGAAAUGGUAAAAGCCAGCCGAGCAAUGUGAAGCAACAGCCCAAGUAUCGUCCACCUGGAAUGAAUGGCCCACCCGGCAUGUUAGGAAAGACGCGGCGAGUGUCUGAUGUAGCUGAGAAAUUCUCGAACAUGACAGUUGGCUCUAAUAGAGCAAUAGCAAAGGGGUCAGUUGGUCAACCUAUGAAGUCUGGGGGAUGGCAUGGGCAAUCUGAUAUGUUUUCAAGACGUUCACAGGAGUUUCUCCCAGGAAGAUCGUAUUCGAAGAAGGUGGCUGGAUAACUAAACCCCCCCUCACUAUCCAUGUAUUUCAACAGUAUAAAAAGUUUCUGUCCUUCAUUGAUUGCCUUCAUGUGAUUUGGCUAUGUUUAUUUGUUUUGUUGAUGUUUUAUGCUGAGCGGAGCAGACAGUUACUCAGUUAAUAAAUGUGUUUUUGAUUCCUA